AUGAUUCUGUUCAUCGUUGUUUCUUCUUCUUCUUCUGAGGCAAUAGCUGAUACUCUUUUCAACUUAUCUUCUACUGAGACUAGUGAUGGUCCCCUUGUCCAAUUGCCUCCUCCUUCCACCAAACUUCCUAGAGAUAAACAUCUUCCAAGGCCUAAGCCUCCUACAAAGUGGGAAGAGUUUGCUCUCAAGAAAGGUAUACAGAAGCGCAAGAAGGACAAGAUUGUAUACGACGAAACAACUGAUCAGUUUAAGCGUCGCCAUGGUUACGACCGUGUUAACGAUGAUAACGAUAUCCCCAUUAUCGAGGCCAAGGCAUCAGAUGAACCAGGAGAAGACCCUUUUGCCAAGAGACUAGAUGAUAAAAAGAAGAGAGUUGGAAAGCAAGAAAAGAACAGAUUACAGAAUCUGAAGACAGCUGCAAAAGCUGGUGCUUUACCGAGCCAUGUCCAACUUGCUGUAACCGCAUUGCCCAUAUCAGGCACCAAAACUCGGCCACAGAAAAUUGGAAAGGAGCCACUUGGUGAUGUAGCUGGUUUAGCUGCUACUUCAACCGCUAGUGGUGGUAAAUUCGAUAAAAAGCUGCCUGGAGAAAAACCUCCUAAGAAGCAAGGCAAACACCACAAGGUUCAUCAUCAGUCAUCAGUCAUCUUCACCUUCCGUUUUAGUCAAUUUGUAUUUUCUAAUUUGUAGGAAUUUUUCGCAGUUUUUUUUUUUUUUUUUUUUUUUUUUUGAAUUAUACACAGUUUUCCCAAAGGUUUCUCAGUCCCAAGGGACUAAUCUGUGUCGCUGUGGCCCGAAUGUUAAAUUUCGCAGUGGCCGGGAAUCGAACUCAGGUGGCAGUACUCACAGCUGUGAACCCUCUACCACCAGAGCUAGAUGCCCCGGUUAGUAUUUACCGGUUGUACCAAGAUACGGAAUGGUCAACGAGGAAAAAGAACAGACUAAUAAAGUACUUGGCAAGUUAUUGUGAAAGCAUUCACAUAAGAUCCUCAACGUUGGAAUGGUAAAAUCGAAAAAACUUCUCAUCUCUCUCUCUCUGGUUUUGGUCUCUUGCCUCUGAUAUUAUUUGUAUAUGUGAGUUAGGCGAUAAACAUGUACAACGACAAGAAGGAGAAGAAGAAGUCAGGGAAAUCAGAUAAGUUGAAAGUUAAGAAAGACAUUACCAAGAAGAAGCCUUAUGCCAACAAAGCCAAGUGAAGAGACUCCACCUGGUUUUAUUUACUUCUCUCUAUCGCAUAACAAGAUGUUACAAGAGUCUGUAUUUCGUAUACUAUAUUUAUGUUAUAAUUUUUUUGAUACCAGAACACAAUUUAGAACUAUAAGUUUGUAGAAAGCAAUCUCUCUUCUAGGCAUUUGGAUUCUGUUAGUUUGGUCUUUUCGAGUUGGUUAGGUUGGAAUUCAUUUAGUUUGGUUUGCCUGUAAACUGAACUGAAAAAAUUGGUUUGAUUUCCGGUUAGUUUAGUUUCAAAAUUUAUACUAAAUUUAA